AUGUGUCAAGGACCUAUGCACGAGUUCCUCCAGGCGCUGCCCAAGUGCGAGCACCACAUGCAUCUCGAAGGCUCCCUCGAGCCCUCCCUCCUGUUCGACCUGGCCUCACGAAACAAGAUCGCGCUGCCCUCGCCCGCCGAGGACCCGGCGUUCGCUUCCGUCGACACCCUGCUGGCCCGCUACCGGCGCUUCACGUCGCUCGACGACUUCCUGCACUACUACUUCAUCGGCAUGUCGGUGCUGGUGACGCGGGCCGACUUCGAGGCCCUGGCCUACGAGUACUUCCGGCGCGCCCACCGCGACGGCGUCGUGCACGCUGAGGUCUUCUUCGACCCGCAGGCCCACACGUCGCGCGGCGUUGCGUACGGCGACGUCCUCAUCGUCUGCGUGCUGCGCCACCUGCCCGUCGACGACGGCGCCCGCAUGUACCGCGAGGCGCUGCCGCACCUGGAGGCCGGCGUCAUAAAGGGCCUGGGCCUGUCGUCCACCGAGAAGGGCAACCCGCCGCACCUGUAUCGGGACAUCUACGCGGACGCGCAGCGCCGGGGGUUCAACCGCACGGCCCACGCCGGCGAGGAGGCCGGCGUCGACUACAUGGCGUCGGCGCUGCACGACCUGGCCGUGACGCGGGUCGACCACGGCAUCAAGCUGCCCGAGGACGCGGCGGUCAUGGCGCUGUUCGCCCAGCGCCGCGUCAUGGUGACCAUGUGCCCGCUGUCCAACGUCGAGCUGCGCUGCGUGCGCCGAGUCGCCGACCUGCCCGUGCGCACCUACCUGGACCACGGCGUGCCCUUUAGCAUCAACAGCGACGACCCGGCCUACUUUGGUGGCUACGUGCUCGACAACCACUGCGCCGUGCAGGACGCCUUUGCGCUGGACAAGGCCGACUGGGCGACCAUCGUGGGCCACGCCAUCGACGGCAGCUGGUGCGACGACGAGAGGAAGGCCGAGUUGCGGAAACACCUCGCCGACGUCAUGGUGAAGUUUCAAGACUAG